UUUUCUUUUUUAAUCUAGUAUAAUAGCAAGCGCUUGGUUGCGCAACCCACCACCCCGUUCUAAAGGGGGCCUUCAUAACAUCCAUCCACUCAUCCACCGUAUAUUUAUUUCGCUAUGCGCACUCCAGAACACCUAUACAAAUCAUGUGAAAACGUGUGUGAAAAGGACUUGCGCGAAAUUGUGGAUGCUGCAGGCGGUGUUUGCCCUGCUAGGAAACAUGAGCACGUUUGGUGGGACGUUGGUGGAAUACGAACGACUGUCCAUCGAUCGUUUCGAUGGACACAACGUCAACUCGACCGCCUUCUUGCUGUCACACUGCCACCGCGAUCACAUGCAGGGUAUUGACGGCGGCGCGUUCCGAAAACGACUGCGGAGCAGAGGCGAUCUGAAGCUGUACGCGUCCGCGGUGUCGUGUCGACUGCUGCUCAACGAACUCAAGUACGCCUGGCUACGCCGCCGGCUGACAGCGCUGCCGCUGGAUGCACCUACGACGCUAACCGUGCCGGCCGACGGCGCGGGCAGCUACACAGUCGUCGUCACCGCCAUUCCCGCAAAUCACUGCGCCGGCUCUGUGAUGUUCCUCCUGGAAGGCGAACGCGGGACCGUCCUCUACACGGGCGACUUCAGGCUCGACGUCGGCAGCGCAUCGAACCUGGCGUCGCUCCACUGCGACGCCGGCCGCUUGAAGCCCAUCGACGCGGCCUACGUUGACACGACGCUGUGUCGCCCCGACGCAGCCUACGUCCCCACCCGGCAAGACAGCGAGCGAGCCUUGGUGGAUUUCUUUGAACCAAAGUUCAGGGUAGGCGGAGCCCUACGACUGGCGCUGCCCGGCGCUAAGCUGGGCUACGAGACGUUGUUCACGUCGCUCGCAUUAGCGUUCGGCAUGAAGGUUCAUGUAUCGAGGGGUCAGAUGUCCCGCUACGCCGGUAUCGUCGACGUGGUGGAAUCUCUGACUCUUGAUGCGGAGACGACCCGGAUCCACGCCGACUGCAAGUGCGACGUGGGGCCAAACUGCGUGACGGUCAAGCCGUCGGCUAUGUGGUUCGCUCAUCGUGUGGCACCGAGUCGUCUGAUCGAAAGAGUUGCCGACGGCGUCCAUCGACUUUGUUACUCGACGCACGCGUCACUUGCCGAGGUGCGCGAUUUCGUGCGCUAUUUGCAGCCGCGUACGGUGCGGGCUAACGUUUGCCUGCGUGGUGUGGACGUCGCAACCCUCCUGGGUGUCGCCCGUGGCAGCCGAGCCCAAGAGCCCGCAUGGAACUUCUGGGGCCCGGAUGACGACGAACCUUCGGGAACCACGGACGCCGCAGAUACGGCGACGGUGCUCAGUCGUUGGCCACGGACGGCUGUUCGACCAGCGCCGUAUCCAGUGUCGAGUAUGAUCGAUGCAUUGCUGUAGUGUCCAUGUGCUCCGUCUGUCGUUCUUGUACCGUCUGGGUACGGGCUAGUUGGUAUUCCUUUGCAAACAUCACUUACGGCGCGUACAUAGACAGGGCUUGUCUUCGUCGCUAUUUUGGUCCCUCUGUCUAUGUACGCGCUGUAAGUGAUGCUUGUAUCGUCAUCUGCACUGUUCUAGCAGAGCUUUUGUUUCAGCUGGUUGCAGCAGGAGUUUGAUGUGGGCAAGUUGGUAUAACAUAUGUAAAGAGAAACAGUGUAAAAUAGAAGAGACAAAAAGAAGACAGGUACAACGGACGAGUGCUAACUUCCAAAUCUUUAUUUGAAGAAACAAAGUUUCUUUUUAUACAUGAAAGAGAAAUUGUGCCAACAUUACAUCAUGAACUCUUUAUCACAUCAGAAAGGCAAUCUCUUUGUUGGCAAUUUCCACUGAUGGGCAGCUAAUGCAUGUGCCGUCGACCCUCGCAGUAUAAAAAGUACCCAGUAUCUCCCUUUCUAGUCCGUCUCAAAAGAUGCCAGAAACUUGGUGUGAUUAAGGUUUGGACGGAAUUUGCAAUGCUUACAAUGAUCAGCCAAAUGCCCACCUGCAUAUUACUUACGACCCUUUUGGGCUCUCGUGCCCCUCCAUUGUAACAACACCGUUUGCCCAAUAUAUACCUAGUUGCAGCUUAGGGGGAUUUCAUAGACAACAUUUCUUCUGCACUGCAUGUUUCUGAGAGCAAGGGUCUGAUUUUGCUUUGGUCACCAUGGGGCAUAUCUUGGCCAAUUUACACAGCUCACUGGAGACAAUGUUAAUAUCAUGCCUUUGCACAACUUUCUUGAGGUUGUGCCAAUAUGGGAUCUCAUGUACCUUCCUCCUAUCACCUGGUUUUACAGCGGAGCUGUCGUAGGCUAGUUUCUAGCAUUUCGAGAUGUGCUUAGGCAAAAGUUAUGGCGGCGUUUAUAGAGCUAAAAUAGCUUAAGCAUAAGGCAGAAUUGUAGCAGUGUAUGUGUCCCAGCUGCAUUUCAUGCCAGAUGUGUCAAAACCGGUGAUGAAUGAUGGUUUGAUGUGUUGCGACCUAUGCAAGCAAUGACAGCGUGGCCAUUGCACCCUAUGCAUUACAACGGGCACAAGCCUUGCCGCCGAGUAUGCUGAUGCAUGCGCCGUACACACUGGGGACAGAAUUGUCACCAUGUACAUUCAUCCCGAAAUGUCAAAGAGGAGAUACCUUGAAGACUUUAUGAUCAACACAUUUGAGUGGAUCCUCAUGGUGGACCCCAAUCCCAUCAUCAUUGUAGGUGACUUCUUCAAUUUGUCGUCUCCUGACGGAAAGUGGUUCUUGGUGUUUCUCUCGGAAAGGUUUGGCCUUCAAUGUUACGCCAAGACCAAUGUCUCCAUGACGUACGAACAGUUGUGCAUAGACCUAACAUUUGCUAAGAACAUUUCCACUGUCAUCACAGCACCCAUAACCAUUUAUUAUAGCGACCACAAAGCUAUAAUUACUGUAGCAAAGAGACAAACGUAAAUACAAAUAAACAUAACAACAUGCAUAUUUGCGUUAUAUUGUUUUGUUGCUUUAUGUUAUUUUCUUUAUAGUUAUAUACAACACCGCUGAUCAUCUUCA